CGUGAAGUACCGAAACAACAGCUAUAAAUCGGUCAUGUAAAUAACAACAUGACAACACAGCUGGGUAGAUUUUAACCCAAUCGCUGAUAUCGACUGUUUCAAACUUGUUGAAGAAAACGUGUGUCUUGCUUUAUGGGACCGAUGAUAGUCGAAUGGUCCGAAACUAAAGCCACAGCGAAGGAGUUAUUCGAAGGAUCACCCCCUCUUAGUUUACGAUGGACAAAUUGAACAUCCAAACGCUGGUGUCAUACGACACCGAACAACCGGCCGAUUCCGUCGAAUGGUGCCCACAGGAAGGAUGGGAAGACAUUUUCGUGUGCGGUACCUAUCAGUUGGAACGAGAGCAAGAAUCAUCGUUAGCAAACCGGAAGGGACGCAUACUUUUACACCGUUUCAAUGAGAACGCUACCAACGAGCCCCUAACUCUACUGCAAACAAUCGACCGAUCGGCAGUGUUGGAUCAAAAGUGGAAUCCAACGCAACGACAUCAACUAGCUGCAGCCGGAGCAGAUGGUACGCUUGCAGUUUACGCACUGACCGGCGCAACAGAGCAACCCAUGCUCGAGCACCAAACAACGGUAGCGCUUCGCGGUGAUGAAACCGAUGCUCGAAAUCUGCUGGCCUUGGCGUUAGAUUGGAGCCCGGACGGGAGGCGAAUCGUCUCCAGCGAUUCGCACGGUUGUUUGGAGAUGUUUGGUGUCGAAAAUGGUCUGCAGCCCAUUCACAGCUGGAAAGGGCACGGUUUCGAAGCGUGGACCUGUGCUUUCAGCAGGCACAACGAAAAUGUCGUUUUUAGCGGAGGAGACGAUUGCUUACUGUGCAUGCACGACAUACGGUGCCCAGCCGAACCAAUUGUGAAAGGGAAGAACAAAACACAUUCAGCUGGAGUUACCACGCUACUGUCGUUCGCGGAACGGGACCACGUGCUACUCACCGGAAGCUACGAUGAAAACGUGCGUCUGUUCGAUGAACGGCAGCUGAAGGGCAGUGUUGCCGAAUUGCCCCUUCACGGAGGGGUUUGGCGUUUACGAACGAAUCCGCACAGGGAACCGAGUCAAAUUCUGUGCGGUUGCAUGUAUCACAACUUCAGUGUGGUUCAGCUGACAUCAGACGAUACGUUCGAACUGAUCGGUGAGUAUGCAGAACACGAAAGUAUCUGCUACGGAUGCGAUUGGCAACAGGUAGGAGAAAACUACCGCACCGGUAAACGGAUAAUUGCGACGUGUUCGUUUUACGAUCAUAAACUAUGCGUUUCGGAGAUAAGUGCGUGUGUAUGAACGAAUAAAGAAAAUUGAAACGAA